AUGUUUCGUCUUAACUCACUUUCUGCACUGGCAGAGCUGGCAGUGCGCUCUCGAUGGUACCAUGGAGGAUCACAGCCCACCCAGAUCAGGCGACGGCUAAUGAUGGUGGCUUUUCUUGGAGCAUCUGCAAUAACUGCAAGUACUGGUCUGUUGUGGAAAAGGGCCCUUGCAGAAUCUCCGCCAUCUGCAGACAACAUCAAGAGUGAACUUGGUGAUAAAGGGAAGAGUAAAGAGGAAGGGGAAGAUUGUAAUGCUGAAAAAAAGGCUGCAGGUGUUUGUCUUGAGCCUUAUCCAGAAGAGAAAAAGAAGAAACGUUCUGGAUUCAGAGAUAGAAAAGUGAUGGAAUAUGAGAAUAGGAUUCGUGCAUAUUCCACACCAGAUAAAAUCUUCCGCUAUUUUGCCACCUUGAAAGUAAUCAGUGAGCAUGGUGAAUCUGAAGUGUUUAUGACACCACAAGAUUUUGUGCGAUCCAUAACACCCAAUGAAAAACAACCAGAACACUUGGGUCUGGAUCAAUAUACAAUAAAACGCUUUGAUGGAAAGGAUUUCUGGCAGAAAAUUGCCCAGGAACGAGAAAAAUUUGCUGAUGAAGGCAGUAUAUUUUACACCCUUGGAGAAUGUGGACUCAUAUCCUUUUCAGACUACAUUUUCCUUACGACUGUUCUUUCCACUCCUCAGAGAAAUUUUGAAAUUGCCUUCAAGAUGUUUGACUUGAAUGGAGAUGGAGAAGUAGACAUGGAAGAGUUUGAACAGGUUCAGAGCAUUAUUCGCUCCCAAACCAGCAUGGGAAUGCGUCACAGAGAUCGUCCAACAACUGGUAACACCCUCAAGUCUGGCUUGUGUUCAGCCCUCACAACCUACUUUUUUGGAGCUGAUCUCAAGGGGAAGCUGACAAUCAAAAACUUCCUUGAAUUUCAGCGUAAACUGCAGCAUGAUGUUCUGAAGCUGGAGUUUGAACGCCAUGACCCUGUGGAUGGGAGAAUCACUGAGAGGCAGUUUGGUGGCAUGCUGCUGGCUUACAGUGGAGUGCAGUCCAAGAAGCUGACUGCCAUGCAGAAGCAGCUCAAGAAGCACUUCAAAGAGGGAAAGGGGCUGACAUUUCAGGAAGUGGAGAACUUCUUUACUUUCCUAAAGAAUAUUAAUGAUGUAGACACUGCAUUGAGCUUUUAUCACAUGGCUGGGGCAUCUCUUGAUAAAGUGACCAUGCAGCAGGUAGCCAGGACAGUGGCUAAAGUGGAACUCUCAGAUCACGUGUGUGAUGUGGUGUUUGCACUCUUUGACUGUGAUGGCAAUGGAGAGCUGAGCAAUAAGGAAUUUGUUUCUAUCAUGAAGCAACGGCUGAUGAGGGGCUUGGAGAAGCCCAAAGACAUGGGCUUCACCCGCCUCAUGCAGGCCAUGUGGAAAUGUGCACAGGAGACUGCCUGGGACUUCGCUUUGCCCAAACAGUAA